GGUUAUUCUCUAUAAAAAAGUCCAUAGCUGUUAAUCACCCCCUUUCUCUUCCCCUUCUCUUUCUCCUUCCUGGAAACCAAACUCCUCCUCCUCCUCCUUCCCAAUCUUACAAAAAGCUAACAUCUUUCCAUUCAAAACACCACCUUUAACGUCUGUCUUCUCCUGCAACUCACCUUUGACUGCCGCCAUGGAUCCAACCUCAAGAUCAGCUAAUCAAAGUCGUCUCUUAAAGCAAACAAACUUCGAGCCGCCGACGAAGAAGAAGACUAAGAGCCAGCAUGAAGUUAAAGUGGUCCACUUCUCCAAUCCCGUGAGAGUCACCACCACGGCGGCCGACUUCCGAGCUCUCGUUCAGAAACUUACCGGCAGAGAUUCUCACAUCGACGAUUUCUUCGCAGGCGUUCCUCCGGAGACCACCGCCGGAAGAGUUUGCGAUAGCUACGGCUCCCUUGAUCUGCUCUCCGGCGGCGUGUCGGAGAAAGCUGGAAUCUUUGACUUACCCCCGGUGGAUUUCAAGGUAGAAAGUGGUUAUGGAGAUGAAGAUAGCUUCGAGAUGUACGGUGAUUUUACGGAAUCGGUGGUGAUUGAAACGCCGGUGAUGGCCGGCGAUUUGUUCUGCGGAUGGGUGCUUUGAGAUUGGUGAGAUUGAUUUGAAUCUCAGUACUGGAUUUUGGUAAUUUGUCUGGAUAUAUAUGUUUGUGCUUAAGCAUGCAUGUACUAUACCAACUUUCUAUAUUACUUUGUAGCUGUAUCCAUCUCUGCUGAAAUGCUGUGCUGAUUGGAAAACUUUUAU